AUGGCCACCCUAGGCGGCUUUCUGAACAGCACCCUCGUGGCCACCGACCAGAAUACCAACCUUGUUUUGCAAGAUGCUCAUGAGAGAGUAAUACGGACACCAGACGAUGACGAACCAUCAGUCCAGGUUCCCUUGGGGCUGUACCUCGUGCGCGGCGACAAUGUCUGUACAGUAGGGCUUGUGGACGAGAAGUUAGACGAGAGCAUCGAUUGGAGCGCCGUCAAGGGCUCGGCGAUCGGAGGGAUCAAGCACGUAUAA